ACUGAUCCAUGCUUCUACGACGAUCACAUUAAUGGAUAAACCAUCGGCGUAUGAGUCAACACUGAAGUUUCGUAGGUUCUUCCUCCAGUGUUUAUGACUGCAGAGAUUUGGUCGCUGGGAUUUUAUUUUUAUUUUUUUUUUUUUUUUUUUAUGAUGAUAGUUUCGUAAAUGCGCAAGAACAUGACUUGUAUUCAAAAUUGAAAUGAUUCAUUCGCUAGACGGAGACACUGUAAUUGCACUCUACUACUACCCGCGCAAAAAAGGUUGUCUAUCGUCCGCGAGGCAUCCGUCUUGCGAAACGAACGCUUCUUAUCACCCCGCACUCACCUCCGUUGCUUGACCAUCCGACCGACCUCGCUCGCAGGUUCAAUAGGCCUGGGAUUCAAUACCGCUCUCCGAUCAUGUGUGGGAUAUGGGCGCUCUUUGGAGGCCCUUGGUCCCCAAAAAGCAGCGAGGACGUGGCCCGCCUGACAUCCUCUGCCGCCAAGGUGAGCCAUCGAGGGCCCGACGGAUUCCGUUUCGAACACGUCCCAGACGUGCCCAACUGCCCAUGUUUUCUUGGAUUUCAUCGGCUGAACAUCGUUGGGGGAUCGUACUGGAUGCAGCCGAUGCGGUUGAAGCAAUAUCCUCACAUAUGGAUGAUAUACAAUGGCGAGAUAUACAACUACAAGAAGGUCCAAUCGGUUUAUAAUCUGCCUUAUGAGACCGACGUGGACGGAGAAGCUAUCAUUCAUCUCUAUGUGAAAGGCGGGGUUCAUUUCGCUGCUUCCAUGUUAGACGGCGUGUUUGCCUUCUGCAUACUGGACACCAGCAAAAAAGAGGUUCAUCUUGGCCGCGACACAUAUGGGAUCAAACCACUCUUUACUUCAACUCCAAGUGAUUCACUCUUACUCUGUUCCGAGGCCAAAGGGCUCGUUAGUCUCUGUAACGGAAGUGAUAUCAACUGGUUCCUUUCGGGUCACGUUCAAACUUUCAACAUUCUUCCUGAUGGAAAAGUCUCAGCUGCGUCGGCUCCCGUCCGAUUUCAUUCGAUCGAUUCUAAACCCAAGUCGAAUGAUAUCGAUCUUGACAUGAACAUUGAAUUCGGUCUAUCUGAUGACGUCCUAUCAAACGUCCGUCGUCUUUUUGAGGACGCUGUUAGAAAACGGUUGAUGAGUACUCGACGCAUUGGAUGUUUAUUAUCAGGUGGUCUUGAUUCCAGUCUUCUCGCAGCCUCGGUCUCUAAGAUUCUAGGUGAACAUCCAAGGGGGUACCCGCUACAAACAUUCUCUGUUGGGAUGGACGGAAGUCCGGACAUAGCUGCAGCGAGAAAGGUUUCCUCCCAUAUCGGCAGUGAGCACCACGAAAUCACAUUCACUAUCCCACAAGGCAUUGCGGCUGUCCGUGACGUCAUCUAUUCCCUCGAGACAUAUGACAUCAUGAGCAUCAGACCAAGUAUAGCUAUGUACUUCCUGCUCAAGUACAUUCGCAGCCAGACCGAUACAGCAGUUGUCUUCUCUGGCGAAGGCGCGGACGAGCUUGCUCAAGGGUACCUCUACUUCUACAAGCAGCCGAGUCGAGAGGCGGGGGAUGAAGAGAGCAGGCGGCUCCUGCGAGAUUUGUACAUGUAUGAUGUCCUCAGGGCAGAUCGUGUGUCUUCGGCACAUGGCCUUGAAAUCCGGGUGCCCUUCCUCGAUCACCUCUUCACAUCGUACUUCCUGUCUCUCCCUCCGGAGUUACGUCGACCGAUCAACGGUAUCGAAAAGUUUCUGAUCCGGAAGUCCUUCGAUGAUGGAAUUUUCCUUCCGGAAGAGAUACUCUGGAGGACCAAGGAAGGGUUUACUGACGGUGUGUCUUCGGUUGAGAAGUCGUGGUAUGUUAUCCUCAAGGAGCACUUCGAACAACAGAUCACAGAUAGUAUGAUGGAUGAAUCUCCAAUGACAUUUCCUUUCAACCCUCCAACAACAAAGGAGUCCUACUACUACCGAAUGGUAUUUGAAGAGUUCUUUCCGGGGAGAGCUGAAUGGACUCCUUACAUAUGGAUGCCUCGUUGGGUGGGGGACGUAGAUCCUGCAGGUCGGGCCCUGAAACACUAUGCUCAUGGCAAGCACGACACUUCCAGAGGGCGCCAGUUUUGCCUUGCGGACAUCCUUGGGAUUACCGAUGACAAUCGUGUUUAGGGGUAAAAUUGAAUGGACUGAUGCCUCGCCGGGUGGCUGCCGUAGAUUCUGUGGGCCGUACGCUUAAGAACUAUGCUCAUGGCAUUAAACACGACACUUCCAGAGGGCUCCAAAUUUGCCUUACGGACAUCCUUGAGAGUACCAAUGACCAUCGUGUUUAGGGGUAAAAUUGAAUGAACUGAUGCCCCGCCGUGGCUGCCGUAGAUUCUGUGGGCCUUACGCUUCAGAACUAUGCCCACGGCAAGCACGACACACAUUGAGAGGGUGUCAGUUUUGCCUUGCGGACAUCCUUGGGAGUUCCAUUGGUCACGGCCGUCUUGUUUUUUUUUUUUUUUUUUUUGGUGGGGGAGGGGGGAAGGUUAACAUUGAAUGGACUCGUUACACGUAGAUACCUCUUUGGGAGGGUGUUGUAGACCCUGUAGGCCCUGGUCCUGAAUCAGUUAUGACGAUGACGAACACGAUGUUUCUAGAGGACACGCUGUCUUGAGAACAGUUCAUUUUGUGUUAAUGAAUCCAGUAGCCCCCCCCCCCCCCCAAAAAAAAAAAAAAAAAAAAAAAAAAAAAUCAAAAUUUCUCAAUUUCUGUAUAAUUAUCCUUAUUUGCACUCAUUUUGAUUGAUAUUCAGUAUUCGUUUGUGGAAUUUUAUCUUCACCAUUUUGAUUCCAACCAUCAUUGUCAAAUUCGUCACCAUCGCGAUUCCUCUUGUGUUUUGAGCUAUAAGAUCAUGAAUGCCUGCAAAUUCCAAUAUUAAUUUUGACGUCAGUGAUUCA